AUGGAGAGCAGCUCCUCCAGCCCACCGCCGCACAUGGAUGCCAAGCAUGAGCAGCAGAACUAUGGCGGCGAAGCCCCGCCUGCGCGUCGCCAGUCCAAGGCUGAGGGCGCCGACGGCAUGCUCGAGGGUCUGGGCUACAAGCCCGAGCUGACCCGUUCGCGCUCGACUCUCCAGGUGGCCUUCAUGUCGUUCGUGCUCGCCUCGAUCCCGUGGGGUCUGUCCACGACGCUCUACUACCCAUUGGUCAACGGUGGCCCCGUCACCAUCAUCUGGGGCUGGAUCCUCGUCUCUGCCAUUAUCCUCUGCGUGGCUGCCUCUCUUGGUGAAAUCACAAGUGUAUACCCUACUGCUGGAGGCGUGUACUACCAGUCCUUUAUGCUCGCACCCGCUCGCUGGCAACGCGUCGCGAGUUGGAUCUGCGGCUGGCUGUACCUGGUUGGUAACAUUACCAUCACCCUGUCCGUGACAUUCGGUGCCACGACCUUCACCGUCGCCUGCAUCAACGUCUUUGAGUCCUCGCCCGGCGCCAGCGAUGUGUUUCCCGGCACGACCUGGCAGAUCUGGCUGCUCUUCCUCGCCAUCACGCUCGUGUGCAAUGCCAUCUCGGCCCUCGGGAACAAGUGGUUGCCCUUGCUCGACACGGCUGCCAUCUUCUGGACCUUUGCCGGUGUGAUUGCCAUGGUCAUCUGCAUCCUCGUCCUGGCCAAAGAGGGCCGCCACAGCGCCAAUUACGUCUUCACCCACUGGGACAACUCGUCCGGCUGGCCAAAUGGCUGGUCCUUCUUCGUCGGCCUGCUGCACGCCGGCUACGCCACCUCGUCGACCGGCAUGAUCAUCAGCAUGUGCGAGGAGGUCAGGAACCCCUCCACCCAGGUGCCCAAGGCCAUGGUGGCGACCAUUGUCAUCAACACCCUCGGCGGCCUCCUCUUCCUCAUCCCCAUCGUCUUUGUUCUCCCGGACAUCCAGAUGCUCAUCAACCUCGAGUCCGCCCAGCCCGUGCCCACCAUCUUCAAGUCGGCCGUCGGCUCGGCCGGUGGUGCCUUUGGUCUCCUCUUCCCCCUCAUCGUCCUGUGCCUCAUGUGCAGCAUCGCGUGCACGACGGCCACCUCGCGUUGCGUGUGGGCCUUUGCCCGUGACGGCGCUAUCCCCGGCGCCAAGUUGUGGAUGAAGGUCAACAAGAAGCUCGACGUGCCCCUGAACGCCAUGAUGCUCAGCAUGAUCGUCCAGCUGGCCCUCGGUCUCAUCUACUUUGGCUCGACCCUUGCGUUCAAUGCCUUCUCCGGUGUCGGUGUCAUCUGCUUGACUGCUGCCUAUGCCUGCCCCAUUGCCAUCAACCUCUUCACUGGCCGCAAGCAGGUCAGGAACGGCAACUUCUUCCUCGGCCCACUGGGCUACUUUACUAACAUUGUCUCUCUCGCCUGGACACUCUUGGCUCUGCCUCUCUUCUGUAUGCCCACGUCGAUCCCCGUCACGGCCGACACGCUCAACUACGCCUUCGCCGUGUUCAUCGGCGCUGCUGCGAUCUCCGGCAUCUGGUACGCUAUCUGGGGAUACAACAACUACGCUGGUCCUCCUACUGGUGGGGAGGAGGAGUAA